AUGGCAUCCAUCUUCACCUAUGACCCCGACCCGCCUCGGGUGUCGUCACCGUGGUCAACUUCGGGAUCAUCGACUCCCCAGAUAACUGCAUCUGGCAGUCGUGGGAUAGACAUCCGCACUCGUUCCAGUAUUCUUCCAUCGCGUGCCAAUCCAGACUUAUUGUCUGAUUAUGGAAUUUCCAAAUUGGAGGCAGAGCCCCAAGAAGGCCCCACCGAGUACAAAUUGCAUCUUCUUCUCCGACCUAGGCGCCAGUUUCUCUCUAUGUCAACAGGGAAUCUAGUGGCGGGAUCUUAUCAUCACCGUGCCUUGCCAUCUAUGUCUGCAUCCGAAUCUGCAUCCCCAGGCUCGGAACCGACUCCAAGACCCAUGCAGGCUAAAUCAAACCAAAGCCGUCAGCACAGGCUGCAAAGCUUGACCACCCAGCUCCUAUGGCGUUUGCAACAAUCUUCGCCUUUCCACUCAUCAACCACCUCCAAACUUGUUGUUCCUGUACUCCCUGAGGCAACACCACAAUUGGGUGUGCCUUCAAAGCCCGCCCGUUUGCUUCCCGGCCUCGAAGAGAGCCAAGGCGCACUGUAUGAGAUCGGCGUCGCUGAUGAUGGCACUUUCGUAGGCCUAACUCAAGAUGAAUUGGAUGAGAGUGUCACCAACCUACAGACCAUGGCUGCUAGUCUCGGGUGCAAAGUCGAGAUUCUUCGUCGAGUCGUUGUUGGGCAAUGUGAAUGGGCAGAGGACCUGCUAUCUGCGCCAUCUAACUCAAACCAAACCAACAGUGAAAGCCUCUGGGUUGCAGAGGCUCUGGUGAGCCCUGAUCUAGACUUCUACAGCUUAUCCCAGAACGAAUCAAAAAGUCAGCGGGGAACAACAGCAAAUCCGGCGUCUGGAAAUCCGCCAGCUCCAAAUGAGGAUUAUUCCCACACUGAGCAGAUUCGAAUAUCACUUACAGGUCCUAGCAUGGCUGGAAAGUCGUCCUUGCUAGGUACCUUGACUUCAUCUGCACUCGACAAUGGAAGAGGCAAGAGCAGGUUGAGUUUGCUCAAGCAUCGCCACGAGAUUACAUCAGGUAUCACCAGCUCAGUUGCCCAGGAACUGAUUGGGUACGCGAACGGGACACCGUCCAAUGUGAUCAACUAUGCUUCUGGCAAUGUUGCCGCCUGGGAUGAUAUACACGCGGCAUCGAAAGGCGGUCGGCUGGCUUUCAUGUCUGACUUGCCUGGCUCCAUCCGAUACUUGAAGUCUACCCUGCGGGGGCUUGUUAGUUGGGCCCCACAUUAUGUGAUGCUUUGCAUUCCAGCGAACUGUGGCGAUGAGCCAUCCGACAGUGAGCAGGCAGCAAACGAACAAUCCGAGAUUGAAACUUGCUUGGCGUAUCUUGAACUUUGCCUGAAGCUAGAGGUUCCUGUGUUGAUCGUCAUCACAAAAUUGGACCUUGCCUCCCGCAGCGGACUACGCGACAAUCUUGCAAGAGUUUUAUCUGCUCUUAAAGCUGCUGGACGAAAACCUGCAAUGCUCCCUGCAUCGCCUGCUGGUGACAAACCACUUGAUUUCCAACAAAUCAGUACCACGGACAGCGGACAAGUACAGAAGGCCAUCGCCGCGACCAAUGGGAAAUGGGCUCAAACUGUCCCCAUUCUGCUUACCAGUGCUUUGGAUGGCUCUGGGAUAGGAAAGCUUCAUGCUUUCCUCCGGUCUCUCCCCAUUCCUGCCAACCCCGUCCAGAGGACCCUUCAUUUCCCGAAAGGAGUUUCAAUGUCCUCAGAAAGCUCCCUUCACAUCUUUGAUGUGGACGAAGUGUUCGCGAUUCCCCCUUCUAAAGUCUAUUCAAUAGACUUAGAGAAAGGUGAUCAAGAAAAUCGCGGUAUCGUACUUUGCGGCCUGGUUCGUCGUGGAAGCAUUUCUAUUGGCGACGAAAUGGUCGUCGGCCCCAUCCUGGUGGACACUUCCAGUGACCAAAGCAAUGAGGCCCAACCACCCGGAGGGUCACUGUCCCGCAGUGGGCCCGGUUCCUCGGGCGAUCUGCCGGCAUCUCUCCCGCAGAGCUCAUUACCCGGCAAAGACCCGCAAGCGAAAUGGCAACGUAUUCGAGUUGUCAGCGUAAGAGAUUUGCGGCUUCCUGUCCGACGCCUUGUAAGAGACCAAGUAGGAACAAUAGGUAUAGAGCCAAUUGGCUUUUCUGAAGACGGCAGUUUGCCUCAUCUCGGCCGAAUUCGCAAAGGCAUGGUUCUUUCGAACUUCCAUGUCCCAGCCUCAGACUCAAUUGACAGAGCGCCUGCUUUGGGCUCCCUGUCGCUACCUUUCCACACUGGCUUCACCGCAACAUUCCGUUCAUCUGAGUUCUGUGCUCCGAACUCCCCGCCCCUCCUACUUGGAGGCAACGCUAUAGCAUACAUCGCCAAUGUUCGCACCACUGUUCGUGUCGUUUGCAUGGCUCUGACCGAGACUGACGAGAAAGCGUCAUCUGAGCCGCCUUCGCCUUCCGAGCCCGAAUUUUUCAGCUUCGAUAGCGAUUCACAGCACCCUUCUGGCGAGAAGACUAAUGGCACCGCAACAAAUGGUUUCAUGGGUAGAAAAGACGGUGAUGCGGCCUCCGAUGGAAUUCGCCGCCGCUCCUCGGCAACAGAUAUCAGCAAAGUUGUUUCUGGUGCCUCAUCUGUCUCCAUAGUGGGUGCCGCUUCCUCUGCAGAAGCACUGAAAGAGGAUGUGAAGAUCAGCUUUGCGCUAGUCUCGUCUGUUGAAUGGCUUGAACUCGGAUCCCAAGUUAUCGUCAUGCCUGGUAUCUCGAUGGCCUCUGCAUCGUCUCAAUCCGGGGCUACAGUAGCGUCUGCUCCCGGUUCUGGUUCUGGUUCUGGGGCUGCCUCUAUGUUCGGGUUAGAAGGGUUCGUGGGAACGCUCUGCGAGAUUGUUCUUGGGCGGGUCCCGCCACUCGAGAGCUAG